AUGGCUUCUAAAAUAUCUUUCGAAGAAUUCAACUUUGAUGGCCAACUCAGCACCAGGGCUCUUGGUUUUGGGUGGGAUAGUCGAUUCCCAUUAGCCCUACAGGCAGUGUCUUCGGAACCAGCAAACCUUCCCGAUUAUAUCAAUGCACUGAGCGAGUUUGCCAAGUCUGGGAAAGUUUUUGAUCUCGUAAGGGAGCAUGGCGGCGCCGUGCUUAUCCGGGGUUUGCCUAUCAACAACCCCCACGACUACAGCGAUCUAGCUCAUACCUUUGGUCUUCGUGCACACGAGGAAGUUGGAAGGCCGCCGUUGAGAACAGUUCUCGCGCCUAACGUCAAGACUGCCAAUGAAGGUCCACCUGAGCUACCUAUUUGGCCGCACAAUGAAUACGGCUGGUCAACCAUCAAUCCUGCCUGGUUGACAUUUUCAGCCAUUGUCCCCGCAGAAGCAGGCGGGGAAACCCCCAUCAAUUCGAGCAUUCAACUUGCAGCUGAGAUCAAGCGACAAGCGCCCGAGUUUUACGAAAAGCUGUUAAAGAAGGGAGUUCGUUAUGUGUACCGCUACGGCAAGCAAGAUGUUGUCUCGACGACAGGAACCAGCGUAUAUGGUGCUUACGGACAGCAUGUGCUGCCAACAGAUGACGAGGAGUCUGCUCGCAAGAAGGUCGAAGAAGAAGUGAGACGCCAUAGUAACGACUUUGAGUGGCACAAUGACGGAAGUUUGACUGUCACCCACGUAACACCCAUCAUCCGAAUCCAUAAGGAAACCGGUCUUCCAGCUUGGUUCGGCAACUUGACGAGCGCAUGGGGACGCAGUACACAUCACGGCGCCACCGAGCCUCCAUUCCGGGGCGACGACGGUUCAUACCACCCUCCGCCUCAAUAUGGGGAUGGGGAACAGAUUGAAAAGAAGCAUCUAGAUCUCGCGUUGUCCAUCGCGGAGAACUCACAAGUUCUUGUAAAAUGGGAAAAGGGCGACUUAGUCCUACUCGAUAAUUAUGCGGUUAUGCACUCCCGCUCUCCCUGGAAAGGCCAACGACAAGUUCUUGCGGCGUUGUGGGAUGAGGAUGGAAGAAUUGAUGACUUCUUUGAGGGCAAGAAAAUCCUCGAGCGUCGGCCACGACGCCCGAUUAUUGCAAAUAGCUAA